GUGGUGAGUGAAUGUGGAGCUCGGGGGGUGGGGGUUAUGUCUCAAUCUGCGCUGCUGAGUGUUUCCUGCUCUGUAUGGAUUAUUAAUGAAUGUAAGAUUUCUUUGACAAUGGUUUCAACUAAUUAGAGAAAACCAAAUUGGUACCGAGAAGGGUUUCUGUACUGCAGGAAUCACAGGACAGCGCAUACGAUGAAAAUAUGGCAGCUGGAAGAGCAAAGUCCUUCCGUCGUGUUGGGAGUCUCAUGCGGAGUAAAUCUGAGGGGACACUGAUUGAUCUGGACGACAGUGUUUCAGCCAGUGACAACCUGAAUGGUGGGACACGACUGCCACAGACCUCAGAAUGGCCACUUUUACAGCCAGAAGUUGCACUUUCAACUCAGUCCAAAAAUCCGUUUUGGAACAAACUUUCCAGAUCAAAUCCCUUUUUAGAUGACAUUGUAGACAGCAGCACAGACAAACACAUUUCCAACACAUCAAACAUAAAAGAUGGCAAUGAAAAGCACGAGGACACAAAUAACGACGACGCCAUUAGCACAUCCUCUGAUGAAGGCAACGUGGGGAACUUUCUGGAAAACAAACACAAAGUCAGCAACAGAUCCGGGAGAUGGAGAAGUGCUUCAGACAUUUUGGGUGAUCUGGAGGGAAAAAUGCCAAGACGGGAGAACAACUUCAGGCCACCAGGGCCGGUGCUGAUCCCAGAUUUUGAGUGGCUAAAGAAUGACAGAGAGGCCUAUAAGAUGGCCUGGCUGAGCCACAGGCAGCUAACGCGCUCAUGUUUGGACUUAAAUCUGAUGAGCCAGAGUCCCGGGUGGGCUCAGACCCAAGCCACCGACUUUCAGGUCAUCUGCAAGAUCGGCCACACUGGAGGCUCUGUACGGUUACCAGACUCAGAGAUUAGCAUCCAUAUCCCAGAGGGACAUGUUCCUCCUGGUGAAGUCCAGGAAGUUACACUGAAAGCAAUGCUAGACCCUCCUCCUGGGCUCAACAACAAUUAUGUGACAACCAUGAGUCCCCUUCUAGAGGUGGUCCUCAGCAACAUCAACACGAAGGAGGGUAUCUCCCUGGAGAUUAAACUGUCUGGCGAGGUGAAGAGUGACCCAUUAAGUCAGGUAAUGACUACCGUGGUCGGGCUGGUUUCCAACAAAAGAGAGGGACCUUAUGUUAAAGUGAACGACUGUUACAUUCGCAAGAACAUGAUGCAGAUGAAGCUACAGGAUCUGAAGACACAUUUUUAUGUGAUUGCAGUCGCAGAGGCAUCUGCAGUCCAGUCCCCUGCUACAUCAGUGUGGGAUUACCUUGACCGCCAAAUCACGGUGGCAGUUUAUGGUCCCAGGUACAUCCAUCCAUCAUUCAAGGUUGUAAUAGUGGUUUGCUGUCAUGAGGACGUUCCACCGAAGCUUCCGUUUUCAGUUAUCUUGAGGGGUAACAAAAACCUGCCCCCUCUUGUGUUGCAGCUUUGGGGAAAACAUGGGUUUAAACCAGACAAAGUGAACAACAUGCAUGUCGGAAUUAGCCUCACAGACUCUGUGUUCAAAAUCAAACCCGAGGACAAACUGAAAGAAGUGAGACAAAGUCAGCUCAAAAUAGGGACAGUUUUGCAUCUGCCCGUUGCAUUAUCUUGUGCUAGCAAUGCAGAAAUGACUCCUUUCAAAUUAGACUUACAAGUGAAGGAAUCAAAUGCUGGAACUGUCGCACAUUUCCAGGUGCUUUCCCCUCCUACAGCACCCAUCAGAUCAGAAAAGCGAGUGUCAAGGCAGAUAGAAAAGCGUAUUGAAAUGGCAAGAACCUCACCUAUUCCUGAAGAAAGUGUCCCAAAUUUCCCCAAAUUCACAGACAAACUGGUCACCCUACAGUGGUAUGGUGUAGCCUUGAAGUCAGUUCUCCGUCAGCCACGUGUUGAGUACCUUCUGGAGUAUUUCAAGGGUGACACUGUGGCUCUCCUUUCACGAGAGACUGUUAGGUCAGUGGGAAACUCCAAAGUAAAGGAGUGGUAUAUUGGAUUCCUCCGAGGCAGGACUGGUUUGGUUCACUGCAAAAACAUCAAACUCAUAAGCAGAGACCAAGUGAUCGACUUCACCGGCAUUCAAAUCACCACAGAGGUCCUCUUGGACAAUAUGACACUGCCCUUCAACAAGCUUACAUACAUGUACUCCGCCAUCCAGACCAUGGUCACUGAGCACAUAACCAGCUGGAGGGCUUUUGCUGAUGCUUUAGGGUACAGCAAACUGUCGGCGGACACCAUCAUCCGGAGAUAUGCCGAAACUGAGGCCGACAAAGUGGCCUGUGUCCUGGAAAAGCUGAAGGAAGACUGCCACACUGUGAAUGUCAGGAGAAAGUUUCUGCAUGAGCUCAUGGUGGGUCUGUUGAAGAUGGACUCUGUGAAUCUUGUGGCCCAGCUUAUUCAGAACACAGUGAUUCUGUCCACUGCUGUCGAGCUGGGAGCUCGAUGGAGAGAGCUCGCGGAGAAGAUGGGAAAACUCUCCAGCGCUCAGAUAGCGGCCUAUGAGGCGCCGCAUCGAGCGAAGAGCGGAGAAGUUAGUCCCCAGUCAAUGUGGAAACCCGCCUAUGACUUCCUGUACUCCUGGAGUCUACGUUACGGAGACAGCUACAGAGACAUGAUCCAGGACCUGCACCUGGUCCUGGAUAAAAUGAAAAACCCUGCCACCAGACAAUGGAGGCAGCUCACUGGCGCCCUCAUCACAGUGAACUGUCUCGAUAUCUUUCGUGCCUCCACACACCCAAAAUCCUAAACCUUCUGCAAACGCACUCUCAUGAUGGCAACGACCUCCACGCACUUGGGAAAAAAACACGGACACAGAGAGGUUUUGUUACACGGCAGCAAGGAUUUGAUACUGUUUUUGAUUGUCUCUUGUUUUUGCUGGCUUUGAUUUCACACCCAUUUUUACAUGAAGCAUUAGAAUCUGAAUCAGGUACUUGACCUAUAUGUUUAGAUCUGAUGUAAGUGUAAAAUGAUGUUCUUGCAAUUUGUCAGCUGUGAAAGAAUGUCAAACAGGAAAAAAGAAAGUAUAGUUUGUUUGGGGUUUUUUUGUAUCUCUGUGCAAAUGUGACAAAGCAUUGAAGUAAAAAAAAAAAAAUUCAUUUUGGUGGGUCAUUUUCAGUCAAAUGUUUAAGAGGUCAGUAGUUCAGUUGUCCGGGGUCUCAAUAAUCUCAACUGGUGUGCUGACAUUUGUUUUAAAAUUUUAUCCUUUUGGCUUUUAAUAGUAGCACACUACAUUUAGUGUUUCUCCAGAUCUGCAUGACCAACGAGCAGUUUGUAGUUAACUGCUUAUUUAUCUAAACAGAUUUCUUAUGCUAUAUUGCUUAAAUCACUGACUUAAUUAAGUUUGUUUUUAGUUGCAUCCAUAUCACCUUUAUGGAUCCUGUGAAAGUUUGUGUCAUUGGGUUUUAGUCUGUAAGGAGCUCUUUAAGCAGUGGAGAAGACAGUCAGAAAGACUUUACUGUGAACACUGUUCAUCAUUCUUUGUUGAAGUUUGUGUGCUAAAACUUGAGAACGUUCUGCCAAAGUGAAAGUUCCCUCAUGCCAGUUAAAAAAAAAAAGAGAGAGAAAACAGUGUCAAGUGUCAUUUACAGUUGUCUUGAAUGUUAGUGUAUUUGAUAUUUUUAUACUGUAACGUUAUCUUUUAGAUGUGUACAGAGCAGAGAAGGUUUGCAUUGUAACUGUUACAUAUUAAUGGUGUUGAUGUGUGUAUCGUCAUGUUUUUAUUGCCAAAUAGAAACCUUGUUGUUUUAGUGUGGUGCCACUUACAGAACGCAGAACCUUCAGUCACUGAAAUGUCAGACAACAAUUGAUGGUUACAACUGAAAUGGCGAUAUGCUGCAUGAAAUAUGAAUAAAGAAAUGGAGAGAUGACAUAA